AUGUCUCUGACGCGGGCUCACACGUUAGAUGAUGUUCGUGGUCUCUGCGUCGGAGCGUUUUGGCUAUCAGAAUUGAGCUGGAAGCUCUCUGGACAUGCUGUUCGUAUUGCAACUGAGCUUGGUUUGCAUCAGAGCUAUCAAAAAAUGAUCCGGGGCCAUAGUGACCAGUACGAGCGCGCCCAGCUCUGGUAUUUACUCUAUGUCUGCGAUCAUCAUUUCAGUAUAGCAUAUGGCCGACCUCCGGUCAUACAUGAAGAUGCAGCCAUCAAAAACUACGAAACCUUCCUGCAAUCUCCCAUGGUUGUACCUGGUGAUAUCCGACUCCUGGCACAGGUGGCUUUGUUCAUGAUCUUGACAGAGGCUUAUCGCAUGUUUGGAAGCGACACUGAGCAGGCUCUAACAGAGGAAGACUUCGGUCAAUUACGAGUCUACAAUGUGGCGGUUGAUCAAUGGCGGCUUCUUUGGCAACCGCGCUCAGCCGAUAGCCCUUACGUGCGGACGUACCCUUCGAAGGGGGUUGUACUACACUACCAUUUUGCAAAAUUUCAGUUAAACUCGCUCUCCCUUCGUGCCCUAUCGCCGUCCAACACACCUGUCUUCUCCAUGGACCGCAAAGAGUCCGCUAAUAUCGCUAUUUCAUCCGCCAUGGCCUGCCUAAAUAUGGUGCUCGAAGAGCCGGACAUCCGGGACGCCAUCGUGGGUGUUCCCAUUUUUACGCAUACAAUGGUCACGUUUUCAGCAGUUUUCCUUCUGAAGGUCGCGGUUAACUGGAAUUCGGCCUACCUGAGCCUCGAUGGACGCGAGGUGCGGCGGUUAGUGGAACGCGUCAUUGAACUGCUGAACUGCGUUUCUGCAGGGGAAAGGCAUCUGACGAGGCAUAUUGCGCGUGGCUUGGGUAAGAUGCUGGAUCGCUUUGAUUCCUGGGAGACGGCGUGGCAGGGUGGACCGCCCGCAGGAGGACCCGCGGAUCGAAGUAGUAGCGAAGUUCCAGGCGGCGCGAAUGCCAUGGCACAAGGAUUUCCACCGCCUGAUCUGAUCUAUGACAUGGUGGGCACAUACGGAUUUGGACUGGAUGAAAAUCUGCUGGACCCCAGCAUGGCCAACUUUGAGUUUUUAGCGCAUUGA